CUGCGAGUCAGUGUCAUGGCGCUGCCCUUGAAGAAGUCGUCGAGUGCGAUAGAGGGAUAUUAAGUCUAACUGACACCCGCUAAAAGGUGUGUCCCGCGUGAGCGACCGGAAAUCACAAAUGCGGCGAUACGAUGAAUGCCGCGGUACCACGAGAUUUGUGAACACCUGACGUUGGAUGAUGUCCUUGCCACUGAUGACACGGGUGUUUUGUCGCUAUGGCAGCACCAGUGUGCGACAGAUGAAGAGAAAAGCUAUGCUUGACCGCAUCAUCCGUGUUGACCAUGCCGGGGAACUUGGGGCUGAUCGGAUAUAUGCCGGCCAGUUGGCAGUACUGGGGAAGACUGCUGUUGGGCCUGUCAUCAAGGAAAUGUGGGAGCAAGAAAAAGAACACUUAGCGACCUUUGAAAAACUGAUGAAGGAGCACCGUGGACGACCUACCGUUUUGUUGCCCAUAUGGAAUGUGGCAGGGUUUGUGUUAGGGGCUAGUACUGCCUUGCUUGGCAAAGAAGGGGCUAUGGCUUGCACGGUCGCAGUAGAAGAUGUAAUUGGUGAUCACUAUAAUAGUCAAAUCCGAGAACUGAUGAGUGAUGAUCCUGAAGCUAACAAAGAGUUACUGCAGACAAUAACCAAGUUUCGAGAUGAAGAGCUCCACCACCAUGACACAGGCUUAGAACACGAUGCUGAGAAGGCACCAUUUUACACAGCCUUGACACAAGUGAUAAAGUUUGGUUGUCGAGGCGCCAUCUGGGUAUCGGAGAGGAUAUGAACCUGCGUCCAACCUGUGCCAAUUAAACUCUAUCCAUCCUGUGUAUGGGUCAUGUGACAUGAGAGUACAUGACCAUGACGCGCUGCACACCACCCCGACAUUGUGGUGUGAUUGUCAGACAUUGCUCGCGUCACCUACUAAUGACCAGUGUCUCACUGGAGACACCUUUGAAUAUGUGUAUGCCUACGAAAGAGCAUGUAUAGCAGAAUCCUCCUUGUAGGUUGGAGACAAUAAAUGCAGCCCUUACA